CCUGUGGUUGUUUGGUCAUUAUUUGAAAGGGUAGGAGCCAGAAGUGGAAGCGGGUAGAAAGAAACUCCACAUCGUGCGCUAGUGUUCUCUGAGCUGUGCCACAACCAUGGGCGAAGACGAGAGGAAUAAGGUCGUCAUCGACACCGAUCCCGGAAUUGAUGAUGCGAUGGCGAUAUUUGUGGCGCUGAACUCGCCAGAGAUAGAGGUGAUUGGGCUGACGACGAUAUAUGGGAAUGUCUAUACCACGCUAGCCACAAGAAAUGCGUUGCAUUUGUUGGAGAUCGCAGGGCGGACAGAUAUUCCAGUGGCUGAGGGAUCUCAUGUGACAAUCACGAAAGGUACAAAGCUUAGAAUUGCCGAUUUCGUCCAUGGUGCGGAUGGUCUUGGAAACCUGAACUUUCCUCCACCUAAAGGGAAGCCCAUUGAUCAGUCUGCUGCUGCUUUUCUGGUUGAACAGGCGAAUCUUUAUCCUGGAAAAGUUACUGUGGUUGCACUUGGCCCACUUACAAAUGUUGCCUUGGCCAUUGAACUUGAUCCUGCAUUUCCUAAAAAGAUAGGGCAAAUUGUUCUUCUUGGUGGUGCAUUUUCAGUGAAUGGGAAUGUCAAUCCAGCAGCAGAGGCUAAUAUCUUUGGUGAUCCAGAUGCUGCUGAUAUUGUGUUCACUAGUGGAGCUGAUAUUUUGGCUGUGGGAAUAAAUGUAACACACCAAGUUGUUCUGACAG